GAAUCACGGCUGUCAGGGAAGGCAGACUGACAGUAUGGCGGCGGGGUACAGCUGGAAGGAUGCUACCGUUACCAGCGAUGUGGCCGUCGCCGGCAGGACGUAAAUGGACUAUUGACGGUGCCGAAAGAAGAGGAAUAAACGCGAGAGACCCGUCGCCGUGAACGCCCGCCAUGGCCCGGCUCGCCGACUACUUUGUGGUGGUCGGUUACGACCUCGACAAGCGAGUGGAAGGCGAAGGCGAGGGUCAAGGUCGCAUUCUCCAGCGGUUUCCUGAGAAAGACUGGGAGGACAGCCCGUUCCCACAAGGCGUCGAGCUGUUCUGCCAACCCAGCGGUUGGCAGCUGGUCCCCGAGCGUCAACCCGCCUCCUUCUUCGUAGCAGUUUUGACCGACAUUAACUCAGAGCGUCACUACUGCGCCUGCUUCACUUUCUGGGAGGGCCACGACAACCCACAACUGCAGAAGACGCGGGACGUGGACGAGGUGGACGAGGAGCCGACUAUCAUCCAGCCGGCUCAGGUCUUUGCCCCCAAGAGUCUGGUGCUGGUGUCUCGGUUGGACUACACGGAUGUUUUCAGGAACUGCCUGGCCUUGGUCUACACCGUCCACGUAGAAGGCCUGACUGUCCCCUUAGAGACGGUCAUCGGAAAUCUACUCACAUGUAUCAUCCCCAUCGCCGGAGGCUCCCAGAUAAUUGAGUCCCCAGUUUGUAGUUUAGACCAAGUUCCUCAGGUCCUGGCCUGUGACUGGCUGCUGGCCUGUCUCCAGCCAGGCCAGGAGGAGAGAGUGGACAGUUUGCGGACCAUCACAUUAGGCGCCGGAGACCGGCAAGUUAUCCAGACUCCCAUCGAUGACUCGCUACCCGUCAGCGGCAGCAGCGUGGCCCAGCUGUUCCGGCAGCUCGGGAUCAUCAACGUGCUGUACCUGUUCUGUGCCGCCCUGACGGAACACAAAAUCCUCUUCCUGUCUAGCAGCUACCAGCGGCUAACAGACGCCUGCCGGGGAUUGCUAGCUAUCAUGUUCCCCCUCAAAUACAGCUUCACAUACGUUCCUAUCCUGCCUGGGAAACUGCUGGAGGUCCUGAGCACUCCCACUCCUUUUAUAAUCGGCGUCAACUCGUUUUUCCGAUCCGAGACGCAAGAACUGUUGGAUGUCAUCAUCGCUGACCUGGACGGUGGCACGGUCACCAUCCCGGAGUGCGUUCACAUCUCCCUGCUCCCCGAGCCGCUCCUCCAGCAGACUCAGACUGCACUCUCCAUGGUUUUGGAUCCUGAAUUGGAAGUUGCCGAUCACGCCUUCCCGCCUCAGUCCUCGCUACCUUCGGCACCCAAGAUCCAGGAUAAGGAGAUCCGGGCAAUCUUCCUGUGGCUGUUUGCUCAGCUUUUCCAGGGUUAUCGCUGGUGUUUACAUAUCAUCCGCAUUCACCCGGAACCAGUUAUUCGCUUCCAUAAGGCGGCCUUCCUCGGCCAACGAGCGCUGACGGAAGACGACUUCCUCAUGAAGGUGUUGGACGGCAUGGCGUUCGCAGGCUUCGUGUCAGAGAGGGGCCCUCCCUACAGAGCAACGGAUUUGUUUGAUGAACUGGUAGCCAAUGAGGUGGAGAGGAUACGACAAGAAGAGACCUCGCCACACAAAGUCAUGAACCACGUCAAGGAGUUGGCCGAGCAGCUAUUUAAAAAUGAGAACCCCUACCCGGCAGUGACCAUGCACAAAGUCCAGCGGCCGUCGGAAAACGGCCAGAAAGCCAAUCAGAGCCAGAGCCCCUUCCCCGUCCUGGAUGAGGUGACGGUACAGCUUUUUAUCGAUCACUCCACUGCCAAGCUCAAGACGGCGCCGCCGGUUGUCAAGGCAGAUGUCAAGAGCAUGGUGCCGUCCGGACCCCCGUUGGGAGACAUGGUGGACCGGAACAGCAACGUGAUGGCCAACAGCGCCCGCCGGCUGGAGGUUGUUCGGAAUUGCAUCACACACAUCUUUGAGAACAAAAUGCUGGAGGCCAAGAAGCUGAUGCCAGCUGUACUUCGAGCUUUGAAGGGUCGGGCAGCUCGAGUGUGUUUGACCCAGGAGCUCAAUCAGCACGUCUUACAGAACCGGGCGGUUCUGGAUGACCAGCAGUUUGACUAUGUCGUCCGAAUGAUGAAUUGCACCUUACAGGACUGCUCGCAUAUCGACGAACAUGGCAUCGCAGCGGCUCUCCUGCCAUUGGUCACGGCCUUUUGCAGAAAAUUAGGGGCAGGCAUCACUCAGUUUGCGUACAGCUGCGUACAAGAGCACACGGUGUGGACCAACAUGCAGUUCUGGGAGGCCAUGUUCUACAGCGACGUACAGCACCACAUCAGGGCACUUUACCUGGAGACGGAGGACGGGGAGCAUCAGAACCACAACGUGAGGACGAUAGCGAAUUGUGGAGAUGUCAUCAAUGACCCGUCGUCAAACGUUUGUCCACAGGAGCAGCAGGAGGGAUCGAGCGGGCGGGAAAUCGGCGCGCUGGAGCUGGCGUCGGAGCAGAGCCGCCUGUGGCCGACGCUCGGGAAGGACAUGCAGGCGGAGCGCGUGCAGAAGGAGGAGAGCACCGUGUUCAGCCAGGCCAUCCACUACGCCAACAGGAUGAGCUACCUGCUGCUGCCGCUGGACACCAGCAAGAACCGCCUGCUCAGGAGCACGGGGCUCGCCGAGGUGGAGAGCGUCAGCAACAGCUACGUGACCAACAGUAUUGCGGGCAGCAUGGCCGAGAGUUACGACACCGAGAGCGGCUUCGAGGACGCCGAGAGCUCCGACGUGGCCAACUCGGUGGUGCGUUUCAUCAACCGCUUCGUGGACAAAGUCUGCAACGAGAGCGGCGUGACCAACGAGCACCUGAAGGCUCUCCACACCAUGAUACCGGAUAUCGUUCAGAUGCACAUCGAGACGUUAGACGCGGUCCACCGCGAGAGUAAACGACUGCCGCCGAUCCAAAAGCCCAAGCUGCUGAGGCCGACCCUUUUGACAGGCGAGGAGCUGGUGAUGGACGGCAUGCGCGUUUACCUCAUUCCGGACGGGCGCGAGGAGGCCACCGGCAUGAUGGGAGGCCCGCCCUUGCUCCCCGCGGAGGGAGCCAUCUUCCUCACCACUUACCGGCUCAUCUUCAAGGGCACUCCCACCGACCCGCUGGUGGGCGAGCAGGUGGUGACCCGUUCCUUCCCCAUCGCGUCAUUGACCAAGGAGAAGAGGAUCUAUGUCACUUUACCCAUGGAGCAGUUUGUUCAGGAGGGCUUACAGUUACGAUCGUGCACAUUUCAGUUGCUGAAGAUCGUGUUCGACGAGGAGGUGGCGGCUGACCUGGCGGAGGUUUUCAGGAAGCACAUGCACAAGCUACGCUACCCCCAGCACGUGCAAGGAACGUUCGCCUUCACCGUCGGUCAGAGCAGCAAGCUGGUGGUGGAGCACAAGACCAAGGAUAAGAACCAGUCACUCAGGACAAUUUCCAAAAACCUGGUCAAAAGCGCUAAGCGGACCAUCAACCGGCAGUAUGUGGCGAAGAAGAAGUACUCUCCGCCUACCUGGGAGAACAGGAGCAGCUUACAGUCGGAACUCGACGAGGAUGAAAUAUCAGUCUCGGAGGAGGUGGAGCAGAGCUCCCUGACGCUGUCCUCCACCAUCCGCUCUUCGGACAGACAGACCAUGAGCAACGUGGUGGAGCGAGCGUGUUGCCGUGACUACCAGCGCAUGGGCCUGGGCACGUUGAGCAACAGCUUGACCCGCUCCAAGAACGAGCCCUUCCGGAUUUCAACCGUCAACCGCAUGUACACGGUGUGCAGGAGCUAUCCCGGCCUGCUCAUCGUCCCGCAGAGCAUCCCGGAUUCCACCAUCCAGAGGAUCUGCCGCUGCUACCGGCAGAACCGCUUCCCCGUGGUUUGCUGGCGGAAUUCCCGGACCAAAGCUGUGCUCCUGCGAUCGGCGGGCCUCCACGCAAAAGGGGUGGUGGGCUUUUUUAAAUCUCCCAAUGCCCCAACUUCAGUGCCCUCCCAGGCAGACUCCACUAGUCUGGAGCAGGAGAAAUACCUGCAGGCCAUUAUCAGCUCCAUGCCCUCUUACAGCGAGAGCAGUGGCAGGAACACGCUCAGCGGCUUCACCUCAACCCACAUGAGUGCUUCAGACUCGUCGGAUAAGCUGCGGCAGCCAAAAAUCGGCGCUCUGAUGAAGCAAGUGAUGGGGGCCAAGGAGGACGUGCCCGGAACCUUCAGCAGAGGAGCUCUUGGUCAAAGGGCCAAAGUCAUCUCCCUCUCUCAGCCCAAAAUGUCUGGCAAGGCCAGGAACUCUACCAGAGGGAAAUGGGGGAGCAUCCGAGGCAGCGGGCGUCUCAGCGCCUACAACCCCGACGUGGGGACGCGUCUCGCUGGGAAGGAGUCGCCGCAGCCCAAUGGCGGGCCCAGUGAGGCCUUGUUCCUCCGCCAGCACAGGGCUUACCUCUACAUUAUUGGGGACAAGGCCCAGCUCAAGGGCGGGAAGCAGGACUCCUUCCAGCAGUGGGAGGUGGUGCCCAUUGAGGUGUGCGACGUGCGGCAGGUGAAGAACAGCUUCAAGAAGCUGAUGAAGGCCUGCGUGCCCAGCUCCACCUCCUUGGACCCCAACACCAAUUUCCUGCGCUGCCUGGAAGAUUCGGAGUGGAUGGCGCUGCUGCACAGGGUGCUGCAAGUGUCCGUCCUGGUGGUGGAGCUGCUGGACACGGGAUCAUCCGUCAUGGUCAGCCUGGAGGACGGCUGGGACGUCACCACCCAGGUGGUGUCGUUGGUGCAGCUGCUGUCCGACCCCUACUACCGGACGUUCGAUGGCUUCCGGCUGCUGGUGGAGAAGGAGUGGCUGUCGUUCGGACACAGGUUCAGCCAGCGCGGCGCGCAGACGCUCGGCAGCCAGAGCAGCGGGUUCACCCCCGUCUUCCUGCAGUUCCUCGACUGUGUGCAUCAAAUCCACCUACAGUUCCCCAUGGAAUUUGAAUUCAGCCAGUACUACCUGAAGUUCCUGGCCUAUCACUACGUGUCCAACCGUUUCCGCACCUUCCUGCUCGACUCGGACUACGAGCGCAUUGAACUCGGAGUCCUCUAUGAGGAAAAAGGUGAGAGGAGAAGUCCUCAGGUUUGCAAGUCCGUGUGGGACUACAUCGACCGGCUUAACAAGAAGACGCCGGUCUUUUUCAACUACAUGUUCGCCCCAGAGGACGAUGAGGUGCUCCGGCCGUACACUUUCAUCUCCAACCUGAAAGUGUGGGACUACUACACGGAGGAGACGCUCUCGGAGGGCCCGUCGUACGAUUGGGAGCUGCGGGGACGCCAGGAUCGGGCGACGGCGGAAGAGACGCCCGACAAGCCCGACAGCGGCGCGCCCAAGUCGCGGCGGCGCGCCGUCUGGCCGUGCUUUGACAGCCUGAGCAAAACGUUGCCCGACGCCAUCACCAAGCUGCUGCAGGAACUGCAGACGCUGGAGGGGGAGCUCGGCCAGGCGUCUGAAAAGUGGAAGGACACGUGGGAUAAGAUCAAGGCCGCUCAGAGGAACGAGGCCAAACUGGAGAGCAAGCCGUCGUUCUCCAGCUCGCUGCUCAUGUCGUCCAACCUGAGCCACCAGCGGCGUUCCCAGGGCGUCUACCUGCAGGAGAGCGGCGUGGGCUCCUCCAUCAACUUGGGCCUGGACUGCGAGGUGAGCGCCACCUCCACUCCGGUGGCGGGCCGCCCAAGCACCAGCACGCUCUACAGCCAGUUCCAGAGUACCGAGAGCGAGAACAGAAGUUUCGAAGGCAUUUUGUUCAAGAAAGGCGCUCUACUGAAACCAUGGAAACCACGAUGGUUUGUGCUGGACAAGACAAAACAUCAGCUGCGGUAUUACGAGAGCAGGCAGGACAAAGUGUGCAAAGGCGUCAUUGAGUUGUCCGACGUGGAGUCCAUCCUUCUGGGGACGCCCACCAUGGGAUCGCCCAAAAACAUUGAGGAGAAAGCCUUCUUCGAUCUCAAGACCACCAAACGAGUGUACAACUUUUGCGCCCAGGAUAGCCUCAACGCUCAGCUGUGGAUGGACAGUGUUCAGAGCUGCCUCUCGGACGCCUAGACGGGAGACCCGCCCGCACUCUUGAACUGCAAUAUCUCAGUGUUUUUAGUAGAAAAGAAGAAAACCGGGGUGGGAGGGGAAAAAAAAAAAAAAAAAAGCGGCUGCGGUCCGACCACACGGAAUCAUUCCACGUCUUGUGCGACGCGUCCGGCAUGAAGAUUUCUUCCCGACUCUCCUUCUUACUAACCCUAGCCACCCUCCCCUUGUUCCAGAUUUAACUUUGUAAAAAAAACUCAAGGGGGGAAUGACGGAGAAGCUGCCGGAUCUCAAUUUGGGACCACCAGUGACGGUUCAUGAAGGAUUUUUAGUCUAUUUUCUUUUUUUUGUCUCUGCCACCACAAUCUCAAGAAAGAUAUACUGUGAAAGCCCAUCAGAAUCUCCUCUGCAAGUGUUUACAAAGUGGACAAAAGCUCCCUUCCCUUGACACUAACCACUAUAAACAAACGUGUUAAGGGACAUAGAAGGAAAAACAAAGACGUGAUCCUACGGGAUGAAAAAGCUGCAUUAUGGAACUUAUUUUGACCGAAACUCCAGAACUCCCACAAAAAUGCUACUCCCUGAAGGCAACACAGGCAAAUAUGAAUGGAUUUGAUUGGGUGGUCUAUCACAUCUCUCAUAGUGAUUAUUAAAAUGAUUUGAGCUACUCCUCAGGAUGUGGACUGUGCAGUGGCCUUGUUCCAAGGUUCUGGGUUCGAAUCCGGGCUUCUUGUGUUGAGUGCAUGUACUUCUCCUUCCUCCCACAAACAUGCACAUAAGGUCAAUUGAAGAGUCUAAAACGCCCCUAGAUGUGUGUGAGUACUUAUUUGUCCCGACAUCACACCCCAAAGUCUGUUGGCAUAAGCUCAAGAAGUCACUGAAAAUAGUUGGAUCGGUGUAGAGAUGAAAAUGGAGAGGACCUAGUAUGGAACCUUGUGGAACCUUCAGCAAAAGAUCAAAUAGUGUGGUUUAGAAGCCCUCAAUUUUACGUGAUUGUUGUUAUCACUCAGAUUAGUCGGAGCUAUUCCUCAGGAUGAAGGCAGCACGGUGGCCCCAAGUUUCUGGGUUCGAAUCUGGACUUACUGUGUGAGGUCAUCAACUUCUUAUUGUCCUUAAAUGUGACUUGGAGUGGUCAUUUGUCUAUCACCAUUGACUGGUGACCAGUCCAGGAUGUCCCCUGAAUAAUGAAUGAAUGAAUUAAGUAUAAAUAGAACUAUUCAUCAGAAUAGUAAAUCUACAAUUCCCCUUGUAGGGAUGCGUUGAAGUCCCAUAAAUGUAUGUUAGUCACAUGACCGUAAUCCCUCAAACGCAUCACCGUUCACCCUUUGCACGCACAUUGUUAAAAUUUCUUCCCCCCCACUAUGUAAAAUAUCCUGCUGUGUUUGUUGAACAUAACUUUUGUUUAUUUUUUAAAUUGUAGAUUUUUCUUUUUGAGAGGGGCCUUUCACCCCCUUUCUGUAUAUACUACCCCAGAUUGUAUGUAACGUUUAUAGUAGUAAUUUAUUUAACUUUUCCCUUUACAAAAGUUCCUCAAAAACCACUUUUAAAAUCUAGGAAUUCAAUGUGCCAUUGGUUUAUUUCUGUAUUAAUGUGACUAAUGCUUUUUUUUUUUUUUUUGUACCGUGCAAGUAAACCCCUUUUUUUUUGUUUUUUUUAAAACACAGUUGUCCUUAUUCUACCAUUCACACAAGAGUGGAAAUGUGUGUUGUGAAAUCCAGUGGGCUACUUUUUUUUUUUUAAUGGCUGAUUGGAUCAAAUCGUUGCUAGAAUGCAGUUGAAAUAAAUGUCUGACACAUGAA